AUGGAUGAUUUAAUAUCACAAAUUCUUGUAGCAUCAGUCCCGCUACGUGAGUCUGUGAGUCCUCCAGAUUUUCCAGAUCUCGUCAAAAGUGUCCAAUCUAAAAUCGUAGAACUAUUCAGAUACUCAAAUUUAAAUUUAGUUCCUCCGUUUUUAAGUUCAAUUAUGAAAUCUAUCGAUGAAUAUGUAAAAUUAUCGGACAAAAGAAAAAAGUUUGCCGCAGCGAUUUCUUUGACUGCUUUAAUUCAAUUAUUUCCAUUCGACGAUUUUGUACCACAAUAUCAACCAAUUAUCGAAAGAUUGCUCAAACCAGGCUACAAACCUUUGCUUAAAAUAGGAACUCUCGUUUUAGGCCAAUUUACAAAAAUUCGAGGUCAGAACCGAGAUUUAUUUCUUAGAGAGCUUGUAGAACAAAGUGGAAAACAAUUAAAACAAACGAUGAAUAUAGAUUCAAGAUACGCUUCUGCAAUAAUUUGGGAAGAAUUAUCAAAAACUGCUCCAGAACACUUAUUUGCACUUGACACACAGUUUAUUACAACAAUUACAGAAAGUUUAACACUUGGUGAUUUAGAAAUUUCAGAUAUUUUGAUUCAUACUUGUGAAAAUAUUUUUGAUUCAAAGAGUGCACCACUAGGUGCAGAGCUUAUGACUCAAAUGCCAGAAUACUUACUUAAAAUUAUCAAAGAUGGAUUUGCAAAUGCACAAACAAUUGAUCAAAUUUUAGCAAAUUUACGACUUCUUCUCUUUUUAUUAGAAAUCAAACCAUAUUUACCAAAAACAGUCAUUGAAACGCAAAUUCAGCCGCAUUGUUUACAAUUACUUAAACACAUAAAUACAAAUAUUGUUGAAUAUUCAAUUUUAGCAUUAACUAAAAUGAAAACCAUUAAUGAAAUAGAUGUUGAUCCAAAGAUUAUUGAAGGAAUAAUCAAUAUGCUAUUCGUUUGGGCGAGAAAAGAUGCAAUGAAAACAAUUGGCACUUUAUCUGAAGUUUUCAAAGCAUUUCCAGAUAGUAUUGAAGGACAAAUUAGCAAAAUAAUCAAAAGACUUGAUGAUUUCAUGAAAUCUGUCAAUCCAGCAGUUGGUCCUCCUUUUACAUUCAAAAUUUCUAUAGCAAUCAUAGAGUCAUUACCACCAGAUAUCAAUAUUGAACCUAUUCUCGACAAUAUUAUUACUAUUCUUAACAAAUCUAUUGUCCCAAUGCCAAUUCAUUUUGUUAUUAAGGCUUUGAACAAGUCGCAUCCACAAUGGGGCCAAGAAUUUUCCUUAUUUAAGUACACAAUGUUACAAAUUAUACGUCAAGAGCUGACAAUUACCCAAACAAGAACAGAUCGAAUUAUGUAUUCACUUUUAGCACUAAAUAAAAUCAAAAACAUCACAUUUACAGAUGCAUUAGAGUUCAACUCAUUGAUCAGCAAGCUUAAAAAGAACAAAGAUAUCGAAGUCAGAGAAAAUAUCUCAAAAACUUGUAUAAAGUUGUUCGAUGACUUCCCCGAGGAAAUUCCCCUCGCGACGAUACGUAAACUAGUCAAAUUUGCCCUUGAAGAUCCAUCACCACGUGUUCGCAUGCGGACAUUGAAAUCAUUUAAGAAGAGUACAUAUAGGUAUCUCAGCCAGCCAGACAUCUUUUCUGUUCUGAGUAAUUUCAUUUACGAUGAAGACAUCGAGAUAAGAAAAGAAUGCUUUUAUUUGAUAAGAAAUUUGCCAAUCUUCCAAAAGUCUGUGAUCAGAAAUAUUCUCUUAUCAUCAAUCAAACAGACCAUCCUCAAAUUUAACGUUGUAACCGCCGAAAUUGAACCGGCGUGGCACGUUUUUCCAAACUUGAUUUCGAGUUGUGGAUCAUUUUUGCCAGUUUACGCUGAAGCAAUUUUUGGAAAGUUCAUUUCACUUUUGAGGCAAAGAUUCAAGUCCACUGAGAUCAAGGAAAGGUCAUUGAACUACAUGAACUCAGCCAUUUUGUUGACAAUUGAUGAAUCUUUGAUAAAAAGUGUCACAAAACUUCACAUCAUGUGUCCAAAAAUUAUUCCUGCAGCACCGAUCAUUGACAUCCUUGGAACAAUAUUGACAUUGCCUGUUCACCCAUGGACGAUUGAACAAUCCUUGAAAUCCCUCAAAAACCUGGUUGCUUCAGGUACAAUUGUUUUUGAAUACAAAGAUUUGUUGUCUUCUUUAUUUGAUUUGAUUAAAACAAAUCAAUCGAUAAAGAUCGUUACAAAAGCAAUGAAAGUUAUUGGCGCAAUCGGUAUGGUUGAGCUUCCAAACAUAAAACCAAAGAAACAUCCAUUAAUUGUCAAAAACGGAAUGUCAAACCGCCAAAAAUUUAACAAAUACUUUAUUUCGAAAUAUUUCAAGUAUUUAGUUGAUUUAUUCAUAACUUUUAACUUGGAAUCUACAAGAGAAGCAAUAGCAAAGUGUAUUUCAUGUUUGUUCUUAUAUGCUCCUAAUGAAAUACAAAGUUUCCAGUCAUUCAUUGGUAUUUUCAUUGAUUUCGUCCACAAAAAUUCAAGUUCUUCAAAAUUGUCACUUUUCUAUCAUUAUUUAACGGUUAUGAUAGAAAGUAGUGGUCAUUUAAUAGCAAACUAUGUUGACAAGAUUUUCCAAGCCAUUGAAGAUAACUGGCAUGACAAAUUCACAAGGGAAGGAUGCAUUGUUUUGAGUUCAUUAAUCAUUGCAACAGAUGGCAGAUGUGAUUCAAUUUUACAAUUAGUUGUAAGUGUUUCAUUUUUACUUGCAAAGACUAAAAAGAAUGCCGAAGAUGUUUCCAAUGAUAUCUUCAAUCUUCUAAGAGUUAUUGCACAAUAUAACAAUAACUUCCUUCUUCCAAUUGUUACAGGAGUUUUGGAAAUCCUUUCUGACGUGAAUUAUCCAAGUUAUUUACAUGAACAAUGUUUUGACACCAUUGAGUUUGUCAUUAAAUAUUGUAACUCAGCUGUUUACAUUCCGCCAAUCAAGAGAUGCUUGGUGAAUGUAACACAGAGAUCUCAGUUGAGAUGGCAUGAUAGAUCAAAACAAUUAAUUGAUUUGAUAAAUCAAACCGAUUUCUCAAUUCCUACAGAGAAAUUUAAUUUCUCAAAUCAGCCAACACAGCCUAAAUUUGGUCCGUUUUCAGCAGAUUAUUUCAUUGAGAAAUUCGCUUUGCCGAGGACAAAAGAAAACACUGUUAAUUUCAGUUUGAUUUCGAAUUGGUUUGUUGAUUUAAGAAAUUAUUUCAUCAUGGAAAGUCCAAAUGUUUUGAUCAGAUCAAUGCAGUUCCUUCCAAGCUAUCCGAACUUUGCUUUCAUGUUCAGUUAUUUGUCUAUUUAUUUACAAAGUUCUGAUGAUGAAAAAGAAAGAUUAUCAAACAAUUUGAAAUCGAUUUUAAGUUACAAAAACUUACCAAAUGUUGUUUUGGAACAAUUCUUGGAAUUAAUUGAAUUUUCUCUUCUCUGCGAAAUAGAUUUCAAACUUGAUUUGUCUGUACUUGUAAAGAACUGUGAAGAAAGACAUUUCUAUUCACAAGCCUUGUUUUUGUUGGAAAGUGAUUUGGCAUUCAAAAGUGACAAAAACAUGACAUCUUCUCAAAUCCAAAAUUUAGUUUUGUUGAAUGAGUUUUCUAACAGACAUACUGAAGCAAAAGGUAUCGCAAGAGUCAAUAAAGAGAUCAUUAAACACAAAGUUUGGAUGGCUUUAGGUGGAUGGGAAUCAGCCAUUAACAUUAUUGAACAAAAAGUGAAAAAUCCUCCAAAAGUUUCCCAAUUAAUAAUAAAACCAAAUGUUCCUGAUAAAUUUAUUACUGAAAUCGAUGAUGAAUACUCUGACUCCAGCUCAGAUAGUGGACAGAUACAACUAUCUAAAAACAAGAACGCAACAAUGAUAAAUUUAUUGGAAAAUUCCCAAAAAGUUACUCCGAAAUUUGUUACAGAAAAAGACGAUGGCGAAAACGACAUGACAUUUUUCGACAAAGUCAUUUCGUAUACAGAAACAGAUAACUGGGGUGAAAUCCACAAAAUGAAGAAAGAAUUUGAGCAAAAGAAUACUUUGGAACAGUCUCUUUUAGCCAAGUAUUUCUGGACAUCAGAAUUAUACACAGGAACAAAAGAAGAAGCUCUCAGAAUUUCAAAUAAAACAGGGUCUUACACCGUUUCUGAUUGUAUUGCAAAAAUUAUUUUGUACAUAAAAUGUGACAAACUUGAUGAUGCUCAAGAUUUGAUACACAUCAGUUGGAGAUACUUAGCGAAUACAGUAUCAACAACAGAAAAGAACAACGAGACAUUGAUCAAAGAAUAUCUUUUCCAGAGUUUGCAAUUGCAUGAAUUAUGCGAUGUAAUUGAUAUCUUGACAAAUGAUGAAAAAAGUGAAGAUUUCAAGACGAUUUGGCCAGAACAUAUUCGUUAUUUGAAGGACUAUCCAAGAUACCAAGUCCAGCUCUACAAGAUAAGAAGCUUGGCACCAGGUGUCAUUGAUUUGGAAGACUUGGCUUUCCAUAUUUUCAUGUGUAAUAUGAAAGCUGGUCAUAACAACGAAUCAAAUAGAUUGAAAGACAUUUUCUUCCCGGAUUUGAAUUCGUCGCAUUCCAAAUACGCAAACUUAUUGAUGCACAAUGUAGAAGAUCCACAAGUCUACAAGGAUUUGCUUCAAGACGCUCCAGAAAACUUGAAACCAAGAAUUUACAACACAAUUGGAAAAGUUUUGUACAAAAAAUCUUUGACAACAGAAAACCUCAAAGAAAGUUUGGAUUUCUUGUUGAAAGGAAAGAACUCUUAUCAGAGCCAAAGCGAGGUUUUAAUGCUACUUGCAUUCCUCGAGAAAAAUGUAGAAUACGCUAUAAAGGCUGUUGAAGUUUUGGGAAUCGCAAUGAACAUAAAGAAAAACAAAAUUUUGUUGAUAAUCAACCAAAUUUUGUCACUUUUAGUUCAAUUUUCUGACAGCAAAACAUUGUCGGAAAAAAUCUCUGAAGUAUUGUCAACAAAGCCAAAGAACAUCUACUUGAAUUUGAACUCAACUCUCUUUGGUUUAGUUUUGCAUCCAUCGAAAUUUGUUUCAAAAAUUGCGAAACAAAUUUUGAAUUACAUGAUUUUGGAAACUCCUCAAGUUGUUGCUUUUGAUCUGUUCACAAGUCUUCAAACCAACAAAGAUGCAGAGAUCUUUGAAGACUUGAGUGAACUAUUCCAACACGAGCAUCCAAUAUUUUACGCACAACUUGAUUUAGUUUGUCAAAAAAUGACAAAAAUUUCAUAUACAAUUUACAAUUUUUGGAUUGACAAACUGAACGAGCUCCACAGUCAUUUGAAGCAGAAAGAGUACGAUCAAACCAAAUCCCUUGUUAAGAAACUGUUAACUAGUUUGAGUGGCUUCAGUUCCUGCAGAUACGAAGAAAUUUUCAAGUCGAAUUUCAAGUACAAAGCAGCUUUGCAAGAAAUCCACGACAAUCCCGCAGAUGAAGAAAACAUUCAAAUAGUCCAAGAGAUUUUCCAUGACAUCACAUCCAGACAGGAUUCAAUUCGAGCUCUUCCUCUUUCGAGUCUCGAUGACAUUCUUGAUAAAAAACAAAGUUGGUCGAUUAAUUUGCUCGGAAAACACAACAAACCUGAUGUUAAAAUCCAGAAAUUCUUCCACUCAGUUGAGCGAUGGAAGAAUGGUUUCAAGAUCUCCAUAAUCGGAACAGAUGGAAAGAAAUAUUCCUAUCACUUGCAGCGAAGAAGUAUCAUUUACAAGAACGAACCUUCCGAACAAUUUAUGGCUUUGAUUGACUCAUUUACAAGUUUCAUAAAUGUCGAACAUCGUUCUUUGAUACAAAUCUCUCCAGGUGUGACUCUCCAUGAGAUUUUGAAGGGACACAUUUCGAUCUUGGACUUGUUAAUUCUCUACAAGCAAAACUGCGGACAAAACCCUGAAUUGGAAAUCCUCAACAUCACUCAAAAACUCGACAGUUUGCAAGAGAAAGAAAAGAAGAUCAGAAAGAUUAAACACUUGACUGAAGGCGACAAUAAGUUCACACUCGCAAAAGCCAUUUUCGUGACAUCAAGAAACGCUAAUUCAUGGCUCAACAGAGUGUCAACAUUCUCUGCUUCUACGGGAGCUUUGAGUGUUUUGAGUUAUCUCUUUGGUUCUGUAAAUUCUGGUCCUUCUGAUAUUUUGUUCGAGAAAUCGACAGGAGCAACGACAUUUACUGCAUUCAGAGUCACAGGAGAAAGCCAGAAAGUACCAUUCAGACUCACACCAAUGUUUGAGUCAGCUCUUGGAACUUGCGGAGUUAAUGGACCAUUUAGAGUUUCAAUGAUGAAAUAUCUAAAAUCUAUAAGACACAAUGCAAAUUCAUUGUCACCAAUAUUACAGUUCGUAUUGGGAAAGACGCCAUUCGCUGAUCCAUGCUUAUCAAAGUCUUAUGUUGGUAAAUAUGGUGCUGAAACUCAUUUGAACCAAGAUAUCGAAUUAUUAAAUGAAAGAAUUGUCGGAACAGGAAAGGAUUUGGAUACAGAAGUUGAUGAUUUAAUUAAAGCUGCAACAGAUAUGAAUAAUAUCGCAGAAAUGCCAUCGCAAUGGAUUCCUUGGUGGUGA